GUGAAUAAGCUUGUUUAUGCACGUUGUGUUAUUAAUAUGCUUUAUUUGUACAAAUGUUUGUAAUUGACUGGGUACGUUUGACUGUAGAACGCAGUUUAGAUGAAAUCGCGAAAGUUAAUGCGCGACGUUAGCAAACUCUGCUAACAACAACACCAAAACGUCAGACAUCCAGGUGAUGUUUGUGUUUGUGAACAAUUCUUUAAGCAAUUGAAGACUACAAGUGCAGUGAACAGGAUUUUCAGCUAAAGAAGAAAGGGAAAAGCUUAUCUCAAGCUUAGCCCCAUUGAUGUCUGACCUAAAACCAAUUUUGAUGUCUUCAAGAAAGACAAUAGUUAUGUGAUUUGUCCUAAAAAGCAAAAAAAAAAGCCCUGUAUUUAACAACUCUAAAGAUGGAAAUUAUAUAAAUAUAUUACACGUACCUUUGGCCUUAAUUUUAUUCACCUGAACCUUUGGAUGUCAAGCACUUUUACUUUUAGCUGCUGUACCAUAUGCAAUCACUAGAUGUCGCCCUUGCAUAUACAAUAUCAAUUCUCAAAAUCAACAGUCGGUCUUUAGUGAGAGACUGACUUCUGAUGAUGUCUUCAUUAGUGGCCUAUGACGAUUCAGGGUCAGAGGAUGAAUCUCUGGCUCAUGGACCAUUAGACUCUGUCCCAACUGGAUCCUGUCGAGAAGAUUCCUUAGAUAUGGACUCACGGGUGACGUCCAAGGCCAACAGUUCUACACAAAACUCCGACUGGACACUCCUGGGAAAUCUUGGAAGAAACACAGGAAAGAGCAGCGUCUCAGUGAACUAUGGGCAAUCACAGGUUCCAAACUGUUCUGAUCAGAAGAAAAUAAAAUGUUGUUACGUCGCUGGAGUGCAAAAUAAACAGCCGGGAGACACUGCAGCGUUUCUGACACAGUUUUCUCCUCACACUCCACAAAGAGCUGCUGAUGUUCUGAACCCAGCAAGAAGACAGCACAGUGUCCCAUCUGGUGUCAGACCGUAUGUCCCCAAGAGACAGAGACUUUCUGCUUCAGUAGAAACUGCUGACCCAAAGUGUCCAGCAGAGCAAGUCCCAGGCAGUCAGAGAGAAGCGAGUCAGAUUCUCUCAGAUGUGUCGGAGCGAGUGAAGCCAUAUCUUGAUGUCAAGCCCGAGGCAGCGGGGCUACCUCGGAGGCUCCUGCUGCACUUGAGGGCCCAUCAAGGACCUGUCAACACGGUGCGGUGGUGUCCUGUUCCUCGCCUCAGUCACUUGCUGUUGUCUGCGUCCAUGGACAAGACCUUCAAGGUGUGGGAUGGAGCAGAAAGUGGACGAUGCCUCAGAGUCUAUAGCUGUCAUUCUGGAGCGGUGCGUGACGCCUGUUGGACGCCCUGUGGGCGACACCUUCUCACCGGGUCGUUUGACAACACUGCUGCCGUCACCGACGUGGAGACAGGGCAGCAGAUAGUGAAAUUGGACAAUCAGUCCAAGGUGAUGUGCACAGUCCUGCAUCCCAGCAAUCCUGAUAUAUUCCUGUGUGGAGGUUACAGUCCUGUGGUCAAGGCCUGGGACUCUCGCAGCUGCAAGGUUGUUAAAACAUAUAAAGCAAGCAUUCAACAGACGCUGGACAUCCUGUUUCUGAGAGGCGGCGGUGACUUCAUCACCAGCUCCGACAGCGUUAGCAGAGACUCCGCCGACCGCACUCUUAUCGCCUGGGACUUCCAGACCACAGCCAGGCUCUCCAACCAGAUCUACCAUGAGCGGUACACAUGUCCCAGCCUGACUCUCCACCCACUGGAGCCCUGCUUCGUUGUCCAGACCAACGGGAACUACAUGGCCGCGUUCUCGUCUCAGCGGCCCUACAGAAUGAACAAGAGGCGGCAGUACAAAGGACACAAGGUGGAGGGAUACGCAGUGCGUUGUGAAUUUUCCCAAGAUGGAACUACCCUGGCCUCGGGGAGCUCCAGCGGCUCAGCUCACUUCUACGACUACCACAACACUCGGCUGCUUCACACCCUCCACGCCCACAGCCAGCCAUGUUUGUGUGUCUCGCAGCAUCCUGUCAUUCCGGCUACUGCAGCCACCUGUGACUGGACAGGUGAGAUUAAGGUCUGGCACUGAAGGCACGACUGUGAUUUUUAAACAUUAGGCUUUAAAAAAUUAGAGACUUCUUUAAACUCCACACACUUCAGGACUGUAUCCUGUCAUGUCAGCGUGAAGAGCCUUUAUCUGCCAUCUACUGGGGAAAAAAAAAGUUUCUUUACUGCGUUGAAAAGCUCCAUCGUCGAGGACAGUGAUAUGGAGUUGAGCUAACUGACAAAAGUUAGUGUGGUGUUAACAUGUGAUUUAUCUUACAAAUCAGGAAACGUCACACUGCAUAAGAUGAAAGGAGGUUUUUUAACAGUUCAAAGAGCCAGCUAUUAUGAGUUUUAUCUCAAGUGGUGGGUGGAAAGAAGGCGGUGAAGCACGCACACACACUUCUUUAGUGUUGUUUCUUUUUCAUAUUUCCACUUCAAAUGCCGCCUGAAGACAGCAACUUAUGUUUUUAUGCCCUUUUAUUUUUUAUUUUUGGGAAUAUAAAAAAAUAAAAACAUUUCUGCUGGCAUUUUCUAAUCAGACGUGUUUUCUAUCGAACGUUUUCACUUCCGCAUUCUUUAAAUCUUUUGUUCUUCUCUGUUCUGAAUUUUUAUUUUUUACAUUUUUUUUUCUAUUUUGCGCUGACAGCUAAGAUGAUCACAGAGAUAACAACAGAUCUUAGAACUUGGAAAAAAAAAGGUGCCGUGAUGUCUGUCACAGCACUGUGUGGAUCUUUCACAGUGCUGUCAGUCUACAACCAAGCUUUAGACUUAAGUAUGUAUUUGUUUUUCAUUUUGUAGUAAAAAUGGACUUUAAAAAUACACAUUUCCGUUUUGCUCUUGAAGUCUGAAGUUGUAGUUUGAUGCAAAAAAAAAAAAGAAAAAAGAUCCGCUGAGAAUAGUCUUCUGAUGUUGAUAUGUAUCAAUAGACAAGAAUGAAGAGAAUGUGGAGCUUUGGAAAAGAGGAAAACUGUGAUUGGAUACUUAAGCUAUUGGGAAUAUCAGGCCUUUUGAGGAAAGGUGUCCCGGAUGACCAUAGUUUAGACGUAAACACAGGUUGAAGGUUUUAACUGUGUUGGCUGUUUAGGUCAGAAUGUAAUAAUAAAAUAUUAACGAAAA